AGAGCCAGCGUCAGCCGUGCUCCUCUCCCCCGUGCACGAUUAUUCGCGGCAAAGGGAAGCAAAGGGAGGAAAAAGCUGUCUCUGUUUUAGUGGUCGCAAUUUGCUGUUCUCGAUAAGUCCCCACGACGAGAGGCGACGAGUUUACCGGCGACAGUUCACACCGAUGAGUGCCGUAGUUGGGACGGGACGCUGACAAGAACCGACAAGCAUUCGCGGAUCUGGGUCAGGAUCGGCGGCACCUUCGGCACAAUGACGGGACGGAAGCGAACUCUGCACAUCAGCUGCAUAACAGACCCGGACCGCGGGGCGAGCGGCGGAGGGUCGCUGUCCGCGUCCGAGCCCGGGCUCAAGGCGCACAUCAACGACGGCUUCAGCAUGGCCGAGGAAGGCUACGGCUCCAUCGUGGACAGGAACGCCCCCGAGGGACCCCACGAGCCCACGCUGUCCGGGUCCACCGUGGUCGUGCCCUGGUGGAUCAUGGAGGACGCCAAGGACCCGAACCUCAGCAACAACAACCUGGACUGCUCCAAGCCCCGCAUCAGGAUCCACCGGCACGCCAUGAACCAGGAGGAUCUCGUCAAGAACUACGGGGAAGACAGCACGGACUCACCGCUCUCGCAAAAAAUGAAGCGCAAAUUCCUCUCGUGCUGCUCCUGCACGCCGCUCAGCCUCCUCUACUCCAUAUUUCCCAUUCUGCACUGGUUACCCCGAUACCGGGUCAGGGAGCACCUCGUGAAUGACGUCGUGGCUGGUUUCACUGUGAGCAUCAUGCACAUACCGCAAGGUUUAGCUUAUGGAGUGUUAGCUGGCGCGGGAGCCAUCAAUGGCCUCUACGUUUCUGCCUUCCCUGCCAUUGUUUAUUUUUUUAUGGGGACGUCCAAGCACGUUUCUGUCGGAACGUUCGCAGUGGUUAGUCUUCUCUCGGCGUCUGCUCUCAUAAGCGUCACGGGACCGAAAGAGGACGGUGCCACCCUUAACAGCACUGAGCAAGCCAGACUGGCAGAAGGGAGCGACGACAUUGUUCCCACGAGCAUGGAAGUUCUGGCUGCCUUGGCAAUUGUCGUCGGCGUCAUUCAGCUCUUGAUGGGAAUGUUGCACUUGGGCAUUCUUUCUAUCUUCAUGUCUGAACCCAUGGUCUCGGGAUUCACGACUGGCGCCGCUGUUCAAGUGGUCGUUUCUCAACUGAAAUCCCUCUUCGAUAUCAGCAUCAAGUCGUAUCCGGGAAUUUUCAAGUGUAUCUAUAUUGUGCGUGACGUAGUCCAGAAUCUGGGGAAGACGAACCUGGUCACGUUGGCCAUUUCAGUGACGGCCAUGGUCGCCUGCUUCGCCGUCCAUGAGGGCAUCAACGCCCGCUACAAGGCCAAGCUGAAGAUGCCUGUGCCCAUCGAUCUCAUUGUUAUUAUUGCCGCGACUGCAAUAAGCUAUUUUUGUGAUUUUAAUCACGUUUACGGCGUCAAAGUGAUGGGAUAUGUUCCUACCGGACUUCCAGUUCCGGAAGUUCCAAGGGUGGACCUAAUGGUCAGAUUGAUUCUGGACGGCUUUGUGAUAGCCAUCGUGUCUUUCACCAUCGCUCUCUCUAUGGCCAAGCUCUUUGCCAAGAGGCACAGAUACCAAAUUGACCCCAACCAGGAGCUGAACGCCCUCGGAGCCGCGAAUGUAAUCACUUCCUUUUUUGGCUGCUACCCGUGCGCCGUCUCCCUCUCCAGAAGCUCCGUCCAGGAAAAAGCAGGGGGCCAGACACAGCUCGCAGCCGUUAUUUCGUCUGCAAUUGUGAUUGUCAUCAUACUUGCUGCCGGGCCGCUCUUCAGGACGUUACCAAGCUGCAUUCUGUCCGCCGUCAUCAUCGUUGCGCUAAAGGGCAUGCUGUUCCAAGUCAGGGAUUGCGUCAACACGUGGAAGGUGUCCCGACUGGACGCUCUGACGUGGAUGAUCACCUUCACCUCUGUCGUGGUACUUGACAUCGACAUCGGAAUCGGCGCCGGAAUUGGUUUUUCCGUCGUUACCGUCAUCCUGAGAACGCUCGUGCCUUAUGUAUCAUUCCUCGGUAAUGUUCCUGACACCGACAUCUAUUUGGACGUCAAGCGUUAUAAGAAGGCCCAAGAAAUUCCGCGAGUCAAGAUCUUCCACUUCAGCUCAGCACUCUACUUUGCAAACCGCGACGUCUUCAAGAACACCCUCAUGGAAUCGAUCAUCGGAAAGAGCGAGGAAACGAGUAGUCUGCUGGAGCACCAGGGAAAGUACAACGCAGCUGACGAAGACUCUAUCGCGGCGGUCAUCUUAGACUGCUCAGCGUGCGUCUACAUCGACUCCUCCGGCAUUGAAACACUCAAAGAGAUACUAAAAGAGUUGCGGGACACAAAGGUGGUGGUAUACUUCGCAUGUUGUUCGGUGCCCACGUACAAGGUGCUUCUACGAUCGGACAUUCUGGAGAUGUUUCCGACGCCGAUCGUGUUUCCGACCAUACACGACGCGGUGCUCCACCUUCCACCCACGACCCAUGCCGCGCUCUGACGGCCAUCACAGGCACUAGCCAGACCGGAGACUGCGCCGCCAUCUUUAUUGCGCUUCCCGCCACCACCAGCGGCGACAGACCCAAGAAGCGUGACUCUGCCAAAGGAGAAGUCAGCGCCCAGGGCGCCAUGUCUUCAACUCCGGCCGCCACCGAAGCGCUCCGCGGACGUCCGUGGACCAGAAGAGUCCCGGGGGAGGUUCGAGGCCACAGCGACGGCGGCUGCCCAUCUUCCCGCCACUAUUUUUAUGGCAUUUACUGCGCCUUUGUAUAUGAUAGGACUUGUGACGACGAUUUAUGUCGAGGUUAGACACACCAAAGAUGUGCAAAUCUGGAGCUGGCGCUGUCCACCACUGCAUGUAUAUGUAUAGAGAGAGGGAGAGUUGAUCUCGCUUCAGCGUCAAUUCACUAAUGUUCACCGCACGUCCAGACCUGCAACGGUCAUUUCUCGUGAAGUGCUAUAGGUCUAGUGUUUAAUUUAAUUUAAUCUUGCCCGCUGGUCACCCAAGAUAAGAAGACUGCUUUGGUGUACGCAUCAACGCAGCAUUGUCCUAUAACGUGAUAGGUGAUUAUCAUAUCGGAAGAUGGCGCUGCAUGGCGCUGCGCGUUGUUGUACGUUGGGUACGUGGGUAAUGCGAGGACUAUCGCUAUCAAGUGCCAUUAAAAAAAGUUUCGUCUUAUUUUUGAAGUGAAAAAGGUCAUACCUCUGAAGCAUGAAGCGUCACAUAUUUUUUUACACCUUGUAAAUACGCGUCAUUUUCGUGUUCGAUAAGCGAGAGCUAGUUUUUAUGCAAAAUAUAAAUAAAUAUAAAUUUAUCAAGAAACUGAA